UGAGUUUCUGUGUAUUGGCUACUAGCCUACUACAGUCUACAUCCAGAUUCUAAAAACUAUAAAAGUAAAAUGCAUAAAAAAGCAGCACCAAGCCACCAACCAACUCAAAAGCAUUCGGCGAAAGCACAAGUGUACCUGACCAGACACCUGCUCUUUUGCAGUGCACAAGGAGCACGAGAUGGAGAUCGGGUACCCUAAGGAUGUGAAGCAUGUGGCACACAUAGGUCUGGGCACCAGUGACACAUCCCCAAGCUGGACGGCUGAAUUCAAGGGGACAGAUGAUUCAUCAGCAGGCUCUGUGAGGAGCACGGCUGCGCAGUCACGGCAGACUUCUUGGGCCUCUGCAGACUUUGAGCAGCCAAGAAGCAUGCUAGUGCCCAUCGAGAUCUUCCAGGACAACGACAGGCCCGGCAUGCCGAGGGGGCCGAGGAAGGCGAAGAAGAGGAAGACGAAGGCGAAGAAGAAGAACAGGGCGUCGUCGCCGGCCUCGUCCGCGAGGUCGUCUUCCUCGAGGUCCAGAGCCUCGUUUGCCACGGCGUACGACGCCUUCUGCGAGUCCCGGAGAGGGUUCCGGGUCGCCUGACCGGCCCGGCGCGCCGCGCGGCGGGACGGACAGAAACACAGCCAUGCGUGCGUGCGUGAAUGCAGAUCGAUCGCCACGCCAUGCCUGUCAAAAUGUCACUGUACAUGCUUUGGGUCGUUUAGGGAGGCAGCUUUGGUUUGGAAUUGUUUGAUUCUUUGCUCUCUCUCUCUCUCUCUAUCUCUCUCUCAGAAUCUUUGCAGUAAGGUAUAGCUGGAUUAAUGCAAAGGGAAGUGACUCUCAAGUUCAUGUCAACAAUGCGCUUGUCUGUCUGUCUGUCGCCGAUUAUUAAAUGUCUCAUUAGCCGUAGACUGGCUGACCAGAUCAUGAGGACCCUCUAGAGCUUCGCAUUUGUUUUUGAAGCACGUUUGCAGCCACGCACAGACAGCUUCUUCUUCUUCUUCUUCAUCUUCCAGGAUUUCUUCUUCUUUCCCCCCU